AUGAAACUCCAGUUCAAACCAACAACCCUCCUCCUCUCCGCACUUGCGUUUCAACUCGCCCGCGCAGACCUAAGCUACUACUGCGAAAUGGCCAAAGACGGCACGAACAUGAUCCAGAAGGCCUACUGCUGCGAUGAUCUCAGGCCUGCGCGCUACGCAGAGAAUUUCUUACAGGGGGAUAAGUGUACGCCUGCGGAUCCGAAGACGGUGGGGGAUACGUGUCCGAAUGAUGGGAUGGUGCCGGUUUGUUGUUAUACCAUUGAGCAUGUGUUUAUCUGUACUUCGAAUGGGUAUAUUCAGAAUUUGUAG